CACCCAUUCAUCUUUGGCGUUGUUUGCUUAACAUAAAAAAAAGAAGAAGAAGAAAAAGAAACUUUGUCAAUAAUGGAGUGCUGUUUGUCUGCCGAGGAAGAGGAGAGACUCAGGAUACACAAAGAAAUAGAGAGGCAACUGAUUCGUGAUAAAAGAGAUUCACACCGGGAGCUGAAGCUGCUGCUUCUAGGGACUGGUGAAAGUGGAAAGAGCACCUUCAUCAAACAGAUGAGGAUCAUCCAUGGCAGCGGGUACACUGAGGCUGAAAGGAAGAAUUUCACACGACUCGUGUUUCAGAACAUCAUCACUGCCGUCCAGGCCCUGGUCCAGGCCAUGGGCAGUCUCGGGAUCAACUACAUCGACGACAAGAACAUUAGCCACGCGGAGAAGCUGAAAAAAUUGGAAGCAACCCAAGUGUCCAGUCUGGAGACGUGGCAGGUGGACGCCAUCAGGAGUGUGUGGAACGACCACGGGAUUCAAAGGUGCUACGAACGCAGGAGGGAGUUCCAGUUAUCAGACUCGGCCAAAUAUUACCUGAGCGACUUGGACAGAAUCUCAGCCACGUUUUACAUCCCAACCCUGCAGGACAUCUUGAGGGUCAGGGUCCCCACCACAGGGAUCAUUGAGUAUCCCUUUGUACUUUCCAAAGUUACCUUCAGGAUGGUGGACGUGGGCGGUCAGCGCUCAGAGAGGAAGAAAUGGAUCCACUGUUUUGAGAACGUCACCUCCAUCGUUUUCCUGGUGGCUCUCAGCGAGUACGACCAAGUCCUUUAUGAGAGCGCAAAUGAGAAUCGACUAAGAGAGAGCGUCGCCCUGUUCAAGACCAUCCUCUCGUACUGUUGGUUCCAGGAUUCCUCCACCAUCCUGUUCCUGAACAAAACAGACCUGCUGCAGGAGAAAAUCACACAGUCUCAUAUGGCAACCUACUUCCCAGCCUACAAAGGGCCUCAGGGUGACGCUGAAGCUGUAAAAAAGUUCAUCUUGCAAAUGUACGUGGAGCAGCACAGUGGGCACCAGAAACCUCUGUACACACACUACACCUGUGCCACGGACACGGAGAACAUCCGAGUGGUCUUCAAAGCCGUCAGGGACACGCUGUUCCGAGAUAACCUCGAAAAGUUCAAUCUGGUGUGAGGGAGGCCGUAAGACAAGUUGAGGAUUUGGCCGUUUAGGAGCAAGAAAGAGCCGGUUACAGUCACACGUCGUAACACUUUUAUGGACACUUUAUCUCGUCUUGUGCUGUUUGACCCUCAGAUGGUGCCGACGGGUGAGACGCGUUUAUCUCAGUACUGUAAAACUCAGUGUGUGUCUGAGUCCUUUUUUUUUUUCUAAACAACACAGUUCAUUACGCAAUAAAUGUCUCUUUUUUUUUUUAAAGGCACAAAAAACCGGACACCUUCAAUGUCAACUCAUGCUCUAAACUCUACUAAACUGUUACAGAUUCUUUCCUUUGCAAACAUUUCUGUUGCACAAUCAGCCACUGGUGUCAAACUGACUCGACAGACUCUUAUCUUGCAAGAAUUCAAACCACCUUGUCUUACAGCUCUGAAAGGAGGAAGCACAGAGAAAAUACACUGCCUUAGAAUUUAUUUAUACUAAUUAUUUCAUGUGUGUAACAACCAUAUAGCCUGUGAAGUUAUUCUUUCUUUUUUGACCAGUUAGAGAUAUUAAACCACAUGGACGUGUUUUUAAA